AUGCAUUUGCUUUUUCGCGCUGAUUUGCGACUUAUUAGGUUGUAUACACAUAAAGGAAGUCGCGAUGCUAUAAUUCUGAGAAUGAUACAGAAUCUUCAUCUCGAAAUCUUUAGCUACAUACUACAAUACGAAGUGUAUCUGGACUUGGUGGCGGUAGAUGUAAAUGCAGGGGUCUCAGACUUUGGUGCUUCCUUUGUUAACCUUGCAAUGGCUGUCAUUUUUCUUCACCUUCAGUUGUUGUGCUUCAAACUGUUUCAGCCACUCAGCCAUCUUGGAUUUCCGUACACUUGA